GAUCUGGAUUGUUCUGGAGGUCUGUGCAGAGCGGCUGUUUGUCAGCUGAACCAACAGGGGCAGUGUUAGACUCACGGGUGUCUACAUUCCAGCAGUCCAGAGGGGACAGGUUGAUUCAGACUGUCACUGCUGUUGCCACUGUCGCUACAGGAAACCUCGUCGUCAUCAGACCCCUGCAGGGAGAGUACCCUGGCAUGGACUUUCCUGGGGAGGCCAAGAAGUGUGAUUCUGAUAUAGUUGGAACACACUCUCCGGUCCCCCUUCUUAAAAAGGUCUGCCAGUCCAGAGGCACCGUCCCCGAGCUCCACGCAAUGCUGCAGAGGCGUGCCAGCCAAGACAGCCCCACAACACCCAUAGACUUGAGAAACUUGGGGCAGACCUCAUCCACCCCUGGAGCCUUGCCACCGAGGAGUUCCUCAACUACCUCGGCAACUUCAGCCAGGGUAAUGGACAAGUCCCCUCCCAAGUCCCCAGCCCUGGCUUCCUUUACAGAAGGCGUGUCGGGGGGGAUUGAGGAGAUCUUCAAAGUACUCCUUCCACCAGCCGAUGACAUCCUCAGUUAAGGUCAGCAACACACCACCUCCACUGUAAACAGUGUUGGCAGAACACUGCUUCCCCUCCUGAGCCACCAGACAGUUCUCCACAAUCUCUUUGAAGUCAAAGCCAACCAAAAGUCUUCCUCCAUGGCCUCACCAAACUCCUCCCAGGCCCAAGUUUUUGCCAUGGUGACUACCAGGGCUGCAUUCUGCUUGGCCUGUUGGUAUCUGCCAGCUGCUUCAGGAGUCCCAUGAGCCAACCAGGCCUGAUAGAGCUCCUUCUUCAGCUUGACGGCAUCCCUUACUCGCGGUGACCACCACCGUGUUCGAGGAUUACCACCGCGACAGGCCCUGGGGACCUUACAGCCACAGCUCCCAGCAGCCACCUUGACAACGGAGGUGAGAAACAUAGUCCAUUCGGACUCAAUGUCCCCAGUCUCCCUCAGCACCUGUUUGAAGCUCUGUCAGAGGUGGGAGUUAAAGACCUCUCUGACCGGGGCCUCCGUCAGACGUUCCCAACAGACCCUCUCUAUACAAUUGGGCCUGCCAGCUCUGUCUAGCUUUUUUCCCCGCCAUCAAAUCCAACUCACCUCCAGGUGGUGAUCAGUUGACAGCUCAGCCCCUCUCUUCACCCGAGUGUCCAAAACAUAUGGCUGAAGAUUAGAGGAAAUGACUACAAAGUCGAUCAUCGACUUCCAACCUAGGGUGUCCUGGUGCCAUGUGCACUGAUGGACACCCCUAUGUUUGAACAUGGUGUACAUUAUGGAUAAACCAUGACUAGCACAGAAAUCCAAUAACUCACCACUCGGGUUCAGAUCAGGGAGGCUGUUCCUCCCAGUCACGCCCCUCCAGGUAUCACUGUUGUUGCCCACAUGGGUGUUAAAGUCCCACAGUAGAAGGACAGAGUCCCCCGUGGGAGCACUUUCUAACAUGCCCCCCAGGGAUGCUAAAAAGGUGUGUAAGCACAAAUGACAGUGAGAGACCAUUCCCCGACCCGAAGGUGCAGGGAAAUUACCCUCUCAUCCACCAGGGUAGACUCCAACACCUGACGACUGAGCUGGGGGGCUAUAAGCAAGCCCACACCAGCCCAUCGCCUCUCCCCCUGAACAACGUCAGAAUAGAGGAGGGCCCACCCUUUGUCGAGAAGAAUGGUUCCAGAACCCAAGCUGUGAGUGGAAGUAAGCCCAACUAUAUUUAGAAGGUAUCUCUCAACCUCCUGCACCAGCUCAGCCUCCUUCCCCACUAGUGAGGUGACAUUCCAAGUCCCAAAAACCAGAGUUGGUGUCUGAGGUUUGGGUCGGCCUGGCCACUGCCCAAAACACAAUGCACCAGCCACCUACGGCCUCUCCAGCAGGUGGUGGGCCCACUGAAGAGUGGCUCCAUGUUGUGGUUUCGGGCUGAGCCCAACCAGGCCCCGUGGGUAUAGUCCUGGCCACCAGGCGCUCGCACAUGAGCUCCUCCCCCAGGCCUGGCUCCAGGGUGGGGCCCCGUUGACCCCAUACCAGAUGAGGUAAAUGUGAGCCAUGAUUUUUUUUUCGUCAUAAGUGGCCUAUGAACUGCCCUUUGUCUGGUCUGUCACCCAGGACCAUGGGAGGGCCUACCAGGGACAUAUAGCCCCUGACAACAUAGCUCCUGGGAUCAUUCAGGCACUCAAACCCCUCCACCACGUUAAGGUGUCGGUUCCUGGGAGGGGAUCAUUCAAGUUAGUUUUGUUUUAUAUCAUGCGCGCAGUCUGAUGUUUGCAUUAAUCAUUUUGAUUCUAAAUAAUGUAUGUAUUAUUAUUUCAUAGAACUAGGGGUUUAAUUUACUCUUCACAUGUAUUUCAAAUGGGCCACCUAGGUCUGCCCCUGGUUCACAGCUCUGUUUUGGUAGGUACAGUAUCUGUCCAUCUACUAUAAUAUGUACUACCUGUACUACUGUAUUGAUAUUGAAAUCAGUAAAAUAAUAAUUUACAAUUUAAUACAGUUUAAAUAUGUGAUUUAAAAAUAGCUCAACCCGACUAAAUCCCACAAAUUCUACAAAAGUCAAAAAUCGAAAUGGCAAAUACUAUUUCCUUCUAAGGUAUGAAGCUAUCACUUAUUAGUAUUACCUUUAGCCGCACUUUAGCUUGGUUUUAAUUCUGCAUAAUGCUUAGCUAUUGCAACGCUGGGUUAUGAGGAAUAACCAGCUGAAUUACUACAGUAUCAGUUCAUUAGAAUAGAUUUUUUUCAACAUUGUUUAUUUGCAGCCUCUUAUUGGAAUUUUCCGGUCCACCUUAAAAAUUACAUAAGGCAUAGAUCAUUGUUCAGUGAAUUUAAAGCUAACACAUGGACUGAAAAAGCAUAUAAUAUAAGUAAGGGUGAAUAAAGUCCAAUAACAGCAACUUUGACUUUAUAUUAAAAUACUUAAAAAAAAUCAUUUUUGCUGUAUAUUUCAAUGCCCCUGAACAUCUAAUUGCUAUUUCUGCUAUUUUGCUGUUGUUGUCUGCUCAAGAAACGAUACUUAUAUAAUACAUGUAGGACUUUGGAAGGUUAGCAUCAAAAUGCAUAGGUUCUUUCAGAAAUAGAUGAUUGACCACCCAACCCCCACUCACAAUCCCCCAAACGUCAUUGCUAUAGCAAUGCUAGACCCUGAAUGUUCAGUCUUCUCUUUAUAGUAGUGCUUGGUUGAAAAAAUAUAUGAAAUAAAGGUACCAAGAGCCUUAGCCUUCAGUUUGUAGGCUGUGUACUGUACACAAAGUGUGUUAAAGGCCGUUGCCUUCAUCUGUCAGCAUUUUAUUUUUCAAUUCUGAAUGCAGCACAGAGGAAGCAUGUGGACACAGUAAUUUUCCUGAAUUAGUUUAAAAACUUCAUGACCUACUCAAAAGUCCUUAUAAUUAUGGAAUCCUUUGUGUUGAAAUUGCACUUGUAAAUGAUGGAUUUAUGGUAACUAGUAGUUCCAAAUGAAAAAAUAGUCUAAAAUUAUCUGUCAGGUGGAAGAUAAUUGCAGUGCAUUAAGAUCUGCAGCAGCUGUAUAUUCUUCUCUGCUCUCUUUCUCUGCAGUGAGGAGCUUUAUUAAUUAGUUUGGAACUACUGGUGUGUGGAGUGAAAUGUCCUUGACUGUGAAACCUAAGGGCAAAACACACAUCACAGCAUAAAUCAGGUGUUUGGCAUGUUUAUCAUUGCAGAUGUCUUUAAGAAGUUAACAUGUUCAGAAUUGAACAUGUAAGCAGUGCAAUGAAAAGAUAACUGCAUUUUUCAAAAGUAAAUUAAAAAACUGAUUAUUCAGGUGUUUUAUUGGCUAUGUUAUUUAUUAUUAUUGUCAACAAUUAAUACCUGACCUCAGCUGAUUUUGUGCUAUGCUCUGAAUCAUCUGCUUUUCUCCUGGCAAUGAUGGUGCGGCAGUGUGCUGGAGAGACAGACUGAUCCUUCCAAUCAGCUUCCAUGGCAACGGGCUACAAGAGGUUGGGAGGCAUCUUCCACAAAAAGCCUCUUGAGAUGAAGAUGAAAAGCCUCAUCAAGGGUAACCACGCUAAUCAUCUUCACCUCAACCCCGACCUAUCCAGGAGUGACCCCAGCGUCCGCAGCCUGGCACUCAAGGUGCCUUCACAGACCCAGAGAGGCGCACAGACAGAGGGGAACCCCAACAACAUCUCUGUUUCUACUCCUCACCCUCUACCAAUUUCUUCACCCCUCUGGAUUCACCUCACACAGCAGACUUCCUCUCCAAGCACCAGCUUGAAGGGAAAAGGGAGAAGAUACAGUUUCUUUACAACAAUGGAAGUGCAAUCAGGAAGUAAAGAAGAGGUGAUGAGUGCAGUGUCGGUGACCUUGGGCUCUGUUUCUCAUAGUCUCUCUGGGCCACAGGUAGCAUCAGUGGAUCCAGUGCUCAGGGAGGACCUACAGGCUGCUAAGAGGGUUGAGAGGUUUGGUAUCCCACUUGAUAGCCUGAAAAGGAUGUUUGAGAAGCCUGCUGUGGCAAACAUAGAAGUGACAACCAUCCACACCUCCCCAUCCAAAAGAGUGACGUCCAGUAGCCUCAUACACCCGUCGACAGAUCACACCAUGGCCUCGCCUCAGGACACCACCAUUUGCAGCACAGGUAGAUUCAGGUCAGGACGUCCCGAGGAGAGGGCCCUGAGCACUGAGGACCAGGAAGCCGAGCCGGUGUCGGUAAAAGAGCGGCUGGCUAUGUAUCAGGCCACCAUGUCCAAGAAAGACGCCAGCAGCUCCUCCUCCGCCGCGAUGACGGAGGCCUGUUCGCUGCCUGGUGGCUUGGCAAGUGUGAAGAGACAGUUUGAGAACCAGGAAUUUGCUUCCUCGUCCUCCCAGUCCAGCGUGACUCACUUCCAACAGAGUUCUGUACAGGAGAUGUCAAGCUCCUCAGAGGUGACAGUGAGAAGCAGUGCCAGAGAGACUGUCCCCACCACAACCCUUUUUCACAACCAACAAGAGGUGAUCCAUGAUCAAAAGGUCCAUCACAACAGUGUGGCUGCCAGUUAUGGGAACCAUUACAAUGAAACAGUUAUGGUUGUCGGAAGAGAGGACCUACCAAAGGUUUCCACUCAGGCUUUGAAGCAGCAGUAUGAAAAAACGAUUGAGGAAGCUGCACCAGCCAAGGAAAUUAAGAAAAUUCGAAUUCCAGAAUCCGAACUGUGCAGGGUGUGUCGGAAGAGGGUGUACCCCAUGGAAUUGCUGAUCGCAGACAAACAAAACUUCCAUAAAAGCUGCUUUCGUUGUGAACAUUGCAGAGGCAAACUAAGUCUUGGCAACUACUCCUCUCUCCAUGGACGAAUGUACUGCACAGCACACUACAAGCAACUGUUCAAAUCCAAAGGAAAUUAUGAUGAAGGGUUUGGACAGAAACCACACAAAGACCUAUGGAAUAAUAAGAACCAGCAGAAUUCAGCAGAAAAGACAAAUAUCAAAUCACCAUCACAUGAAAAGAAAGUCAUGGAUUCCAGAUAUUCCACUGCUCAGAGCACAUUAGUUAAUUGGGAUAAUGACAUAAGCACAUCAGUGGAUGAAAACAAAAAACCCACCAAUAAGAUUUCUAUAGUGUGGCCUCCACAAACAGAUUUUCCAAAAAAGUCCAUCACUACCGAGGAGGAGUUGAAGUUGGUUAAGCCAUCAUGGCCCCCUAAGGAGAACUCAGCCCAGGAAAACCACCACCUAAAUCAGCCUAGGAAAAUUUCAUUUAAAGAAACUAAUAUUCCUCCAGCUAAAGAGCAAAAUGGACUCCAGGCAAAUGACAAGGUGUUGGAGAGGGCAUCUUUAACAGAGAAUGUGAUAAAGCCUGAAGAUAUUCCCGCCUCCCCUGUAGCAGUUGCUGAGGAAGUGAGUAUUACUUGCACUCAAGAAACUAAAGACCCCAACAGUGGCUCAGAGGCUGGGGCACAAGUGGGUUCUGAAAUGGACUCUGAAGUGCACCCUGGAGUGCAAGAGAGAGGACAAAGUGAGGGCAAUGAUGGCGGAGCUGUGGGAAGCAAAGUGCCAGAAAAGAAUGAGGAGAAAAGUAUAGAAAAGGUGGAGGAAGUGAGAGUGAAAGGACAUAGCAGGCAGAUAGAAAGUGCAGCAGGUGAGAAGGAAAGCCAGAAGGAGAGAGAUAAAGGAAAUAAUGACAGCAUGAGCAAUGGAGAGACAGUAAAGGUCACAUUAAUAGAUGAGGAAGCGACAGUAGAACAAACAUCGAAUGCAAAUUCCAACAACAAUAAUAACAGUCAGACACUGCUUAACCAUGAAAUCCUGUAUCGAGGGCUUCAAGAGGAUGAAGACAUGAAAAAUCAGUCCCUCUUUUUGACAGAUACAACCAGCACAAUGGACUUCUUCCAGGCUGAUCACUGUGGAGAACCAAACUGGAUGCCAAGUGAAGUGCUGCUAUUGGCACACAGGGAAGAUGCCUUUGUGCCUAUGGGUGCCAAAUGCACUGAGGCCACAGACUCCUGUUCAGGUGCACAUUUCUUUACAGAGACAUCCAAAGGAACGCUCGCCUUUGAAAACAAGGCCACAAAGCCACAGAUUAGCGCAUCAAGCUUCCUUGAGGACAUUUUUGCUGGACUAAGCACUAGUGGUUCCAGCCUGCUAUCUGAUUUCAAAUCCACCACCUUCAGUCAAUAUGUCGGGGAGACGCCUCCGGUAUCAGCGCUGGAUGGCCUUUUGGAUUUUGGGAUAGAGGCAAGAGAAAGGCCAGAUAAAGCGAGAGAUGUGAGGGGAAAAGGUGAGAGCAGUGACUGUUUUGCCACAAACUACAGCACAGGCAGGGAGGGCACGUCUCUGUGGGCAGAGGGUUAUGACACUCUGACAGUGGAGGAGCAGAUCAAGAGGAACAGAUACUAUGAAGAUGAUGACAGCGACAACUCUUGAAUUCAGCCCAUUCAGCUUAUAAUUAGGCAGCCUUGACCACAUGUAAUUCCCUAUGUCCAUGGAGAGAUUUAGUGCUUUUGUACUGCGUUUUAACAUCAUAUUUCUGCUUUUUUUCAGUAUCUAGCUUUGUUUGAUGAGGAUUGAAUGCACCUGGUGUGCAAAGAAGUGGAUAUUUGUUCUUUUAUGCUACUGUAUGUAUAUGCAUGUCUGUAUUUUUGCUGACUGAGCUAACAGGGCUUUUCAAAAUUUGCAAUACACGCACUCACUACCAACUUAGUUUUCUUUUGAACAAAUGGAUGUCAGCUUUCUUUUGUGCCUAAAUAAAGAGG